AUGGUUCUCGAGGCUACUAUGAUAAUUAUCGACAACUCCGAGUUCAUGAGAAACGGAGACUACCCAACUAAUAGAUACGAAGCGCAAUUGGACACAGUUGACAUUAUCUUCAACGCUAAAACCCAAUCAAACCCUGAAAACACUGUUGGAAUAUUAUCAAUGGGUGGCGAUGGCCCUAAUGUAUUGAGCACAUUAACCAACGAUAUCGGUAAGAUCAGAGUUGGUAUCCAUGACUCCAAAAUUCAUGGCAAAAGUCAUUUAUCCAGUGGUAUUCAAGUGGCUGCAUUGGCCUUAAAACACCGUCAAAAUAAAGUACAGAGUCAAAGAAUAAUAGCAUUCGUUGGAAGUCCUAUUUCAGAAACAGAAAAAGAUUUGGAAAAAUUGGCCAAAAAAAUGAAAAAGAAUAAUAUUGCCGUUGAUUUUAUCAACUUUGGGGAGGAGGCUGUCAAUAGUUCCAAGUUGGAAAAAUUCAUAAAUAUUGUAAACAACCACGAUAAUAGCCAUUUGGUGAACGUUCCUUCUGGUCCAAAGUUGCUAUCCUCAGUGGUUAUUUCCUCAGCAAUACUUUCUUCUGGUGAAGAUGCUGAAGGGUUUGAAAAUGAUGGUUUUGGUGGUGAUGGGUUUGAUUUUGACGCCAAUGUCGACCCUGAUUUGGCGUUGGCUUUGCGUUUAUCUCUUGAAGAAGAAAAAGCUAGACAAGAACGUGAUCAGAAACAGCAGGCAGAAAAGUUGGAAACUGUCAACGAAGAACAGGAUGGUAACGCCAAAAUGGAUGAAUCUAACUGA